AUGUCACUCGACCAUUUUCUUCCACCGGCUAAGAAGUUAAAAACGAUAGAGUCAUUUUUCAAGCCUAAAAGGGGUGAUAAAUCAAGUGAGCUGCUUCCUUCUACUGACAAUGUUGGCAUGCCUACAUCAUCACACCAUGAACAUGGUACUUCUCAGCAGCAAAAGAAGCCAUCAUAUGCUCAACCAACUAUAUCUAGUAAAGCCAAAGAAGUUGCAGCUCAAAGAAAUGGAGGUACUUAUGAGCGUGAUCCAGGUUUGCGGUGCCAAAUUUAUGAAUAUCCAGUGAAUCAACGUGAUGAGCAUUCAUGGCUAGAGUACUCUAUCGAAAAGAACAAAGCGUAUUGCUUCCCUUGCUUUAUUUUUGAAACGGAUCCACCUAAGCGUCCUGCAUUUACAAUAGAAGGUUUCUCAUAUUUCAAGCAUAUUGGUUCUAAUAAGACGGUAUCUACAUGUUCAUUUGUUCAACAUAUUGGACAUAUCAAAUCUUCUCACAUGGUAGCUGUGGAAGCUUGUGAAAAUCUUCGGAGGCCAUCUCGCCAUAUUGAUAGAGUUUUUCGUAAAAAAAGUAAGGAGAUUAUAGCAAAGAACAGGCUACGACUAAAGGUAGCAAUUGAGACAGUUAGAGUGCUUGGUCUUCAUGCAUGUCCUUUUAGAGGUAACGAUGAGUCAUUAGAGUCAACAAAUCGUGGUAAUUUUAUUGGUUUGAUGAAAUAUGCAUCCAUAUUGAAUGACAAGAUUGCUGAAGUUGUCUUAGGAAAUGCACCUGGAAAGGCAAUGUAUACUUCACCGAAGAUUCAAAAGGAAAUUCUACAUAUUCUCGCUAACAAGGUAAAGGAUACUAUUCGUGCAGAAAUCGGAGAUGCUAAAUUUUGUAUUCUUGUAGAUGAAGCACAAGAUUCAUCAGUUCAAGAGCAAAUGGCUAUUGUUCUGAGGUUUGUUGAUACUAAUGGUCGCAUUAUAGAGCGGUUUUUUGCAGUCAGAAGUGUUGAGGACACCACGUCAUUAACUUUAAAGAGGGAGAUUUCCGAAGCUCUUGCUUCACAUGGUAUUUUAGUAGAAAAUAUUCGGGGUCAGGGGUUACAACUAGCAUUAGUAGAAGCAGCUACAGAUGAGCAAGAUGUUUAUCUGUUUUUUGAGAAGUUAAAGGUUAUUGUCAAGCUUUUUGGGGCUUCUCCUAAGCGUCACAGUCAAUUGAAAUCUGCAGCAGUAUUAGAGGUCGCCACAAAAUUAGCUGAUGGUGAACUUGAGACUGGUUCGGGAGCCAAUCAAACUCGUACUUUGAAACGGGCAGCAGAUACUCGUUGGAGCUCACAUUUUGGUUUUGUAUUCAGUUUGAUCUGUAUGUAUAAUCCAGCUUGCAUAGUCCUUCAAAAUGUUACGAAAGAUGGAAACACCUCUAAGAUAAGGGGGAUGGCGAAAGUUGCUUAUCUUGCAAUUAGGUCUUUUGAGUUUGUUUUUAUCUUACACUUGGUGGGAAGUGUUAUGGCGGUAACAGAAGUGUUAUGUCAAGCUCUGCAAAAGAAAACAUAA